CCGCCGGUUCACAACAAUCUAGGUCCAUUAUAAUAAACACGUUAUUUUAUUAUCGGUGCAUUUUAUGAAAGUUUAAAUUAUAAAGUCUAAUUCUCUAUCACGAUAUGUACCAAUAGACACUCGAAUAACUCAGACUUUUAUCCUAGAUUUAUUUAUUAACGCGCCACAUGUUGUGAUGAAGCUGACUCUUCCGCCAUUGUGGGAAAACUGACUUUGGUUAGAUAUCACGUUUGUCAUAGAGGAACUGUUCUUUAAUGGACUUAUUGUCGGUGUAUUUUGGAUCUAAGCUUUGAGUUCAUUCCUGCAAUAUUGUUGGGUGACAGAGGAUAUAUUAAUUGGAAUAUAUUGGAAGUAUUUAUCGUGGAUAACUGACGUGAAGUGAAAUAAUUUUAACAAAAUAAAAUUGAAGUUGUUUUUCCAAACCAAGUUUAGUACCAACAAACUUGAUUCUUCAACGAGUUCCAGUUGGAUUUUAAUUUUGUUUAUGAAAAUUUACAUUUAAUGUGAUGACUUGUGGAGUAAAUAAUUCUUGAAAGAAGUAAUUUUGUUGACAGUGUCAUUAUUUGAUAGACUUGAUGUUUAAGUUUUUACCACCAUGAGUUUUAGCAGCGAUGAGGUGAACUUUCUAGUAUAUCGCUAUUUACAAGAAUCAGGUUUUGUGCAUUCAGCGUAUACAUUUGGAAUAGAAAGUCACAUUAGUCAAACUAAUAUAAAUGGGGCUUUAGUGCCUCCUGCAGCUUUGUUAAAUAUUAUUCAAAAAGGAUUACAAUAUACAGAGGCAGAAAUCAGUAUCGCAGAGGAUGGAACUGUACGCCCUAUGGAAUCAUUAUCGUUGAUUGAUGCUGUGAUGCCUGAAGUUGUGGAAUCUAAAAAGCAGGCAGCAGCUAAAGCUAAUCCAAUCAAAACAGAAAAUGUCAACACAAAUGGUGAAGAUGCGACACAUGCUGUUAGCACUAACCACACAGAUUCCAUGGAAGUAGAUGGUACAGUAGAUAUACCUACAUCUAAAACUACAGUUUUACGAGGUCAUGAAUCAGAAGUUUUUAUAUGUGCAUGGAAUCCAGCCAAUGAUUUACUAGCCUCAGGGUCUGGUGAUUCUACAGCUAGAAUAUGGAAUAUGAAUGAUAAUAGUUCUAACGCUAAUCAACUAGUUUUAAGACAUUGUAUACAGAAAGGUGGAACAGAAGUACCUAGUAAUAAAGAUGUCACCUCAUUAGAUUGGAAUUGUGAUGGUACGUUAUUAGCUACAGGGUCUUAUGAUGGUUACGCUAGAAUGUGGAGUACAGAUGGUCGAUUAGUUAAUACAUUAGGACAACAUAAAGGUCCAAUAUUUGCCUUAAAAUGGAAUAAACGGGGAAAUUGUAUAUUAAGUGCUGGUGUAGAUAAAACAACCAUUAUAUGGGAUGCUAGUUCUGGUAGCUGUCAACAACAAUUUGCUUUUCACAAUGCCCCUGCGCUGGACGUAGAUUGGCAGUCAAAUAAUAGUUUUGCAUCCUGUUCAACAGAUAUGUGUAUUCACGUUUGUAGACUAGGCUGUGAUCGACCCACAAAAACAUUCCAAGGACACACGAAUGAGGUUAAUGCUAUCAAAUGGGAACCACAAGGAAACCUCUUAGCGUCCUGUUCUGACGACAUGACUUUAAAAAUAUGGAGUAUGAAACAAGAUACAUGUGUUCAUGAUUUACAAGCUCAUAAUAAAGAAAUAUAUACUAUAAAAUGGAGUCCGACGGGGCCAAGUACAAAUAAUCCUAAUGCUUCGUUAAUUUUAGCUAGCGCAUCUUUUGAUUCUACGGUACGAUUAUGGGAGGUAGAAAGAGGAACUUGUUUACAUACAUUGACUAAACAUCAAGAACCAGUGUACAGUGUAGCAUUUAGCCCUGAUGGUCGUUAUUUAGCUAGUGGAUCAUUUGAUAAAUGUGUACAUAUAUGGAAUGUUCAAAGUGGCAGUUUAGUUCAUAGUUAUCGAGGUACAGGGGGAAUAUUUGAGGUGUGUUGGAAUCAUAGAGGUGAUAAAGUUGGUGCCAGUGCUUCAGAUGGUUCGGUGUUUGUGCUGGAUUUACGGAAAUAGAGUAAAACAAUGAGUAGAAAUGGUUUCAAACUUGGUGCGAAAAUUAAAUAAAUCGUCAGUGCUGCUGAAAGGAAGAAACUUACUUAGUGACAUCAAUAUGUUACUAUAAUUAGAUUCUUCCUUCAAAAUAAACAUCCACAUUACGAUUGGUGCAGACAGACGCAUGAAAGGAAUUUAAAAAUUCAAAGAGGUGUGGAAACUCAAAGUGUGAAGAAUGUGAAAUGAUGUACAAGACCAUAAAGUGAAUGUUUAGUGCUGAUAAUAUGAAAGUGUUCUGAUGGCGGAAAUCAGGAAUAAACUUACGAACUGUCCGAACAAUAACCCAGCUUCCUGUAAGAGGCGGAGUCUGAAAAUAUAAAGAUACACCCACCUUUGCCAUUCCAUUCUGCAAGGAGGAUGUUAACAAAAGUUGCAGCUUUAAAAGCUAUCAACAAAAUCUGCUUAUAAAGCCUUAAAAAGUGAACUAACUUUAAAUUGUGGAUGUUAUGUGUGCUGUUGAUGAAUGGACUCAAGAUUAUUUUUGUUUGGUGACUUGUCAGUGACCGUGGUGUCAAUUCUCUAUCUACAGAUAUCAUAGAUAAAUAUUUAUGAUUUU